AUGCCAUUUGAGACUGCAGCAGCAAUGGGUGACAUCUAUGUGAAUAAUGAGGAUUUCCACUGUUCAUCUACAUUGUCAUCUUCCAUGAAACAGGGAAGGCAGAUAACAUCAUGCAAAAGCACUCUAAAACAUGAGACACAAGUAGAAAAUGUCUAUAUGACUCUUGAAGACUUGAGUGUAUGUAAUUCUGCCUCUGCCAGCAACCCUAAAACUAAAGAGACCAGCAUUUCAAUCAAAGAACGAGAACAAAGUCCAUGUCAUAAGAGAGAGGCAGGAUGCUGUGGUCUGUCUGCUGGCUCUUGCUGUUGGGUAGUGACAUCUCUUUUUGUGUUGCUGGUUAUUUUAUUGGUUGCCUUUGUAAUUUUCAUUAUAUAUGCUGAAAAUAAAUUACAGGAUAUGAAAAAGACCCAUGCCAACUUAUCAGCAAAUCAAUUCUCCAUAAAAGAGGAGCUCAACCAGCUGAGGCAUAACUUCACCUAUUUGUCAUCAGAACACCUGAGUCUUCAAAUUAAUUACAGCAGACUUUUAGACAAGAAAUGUUCAGUUUGUCCGCAAGGAUGGCAGAUUCUUAAUUCAUCAUGUUAUUACAUCUCAACUGAUAAAAUGAAUUGGGCUACUAGUCGAGAUGACUGCAUAGCUAAAGGAGGGCAUCUGGUGAUAAUUACGGAUGAAAGGGAGCAGGUGUUUUUGAAUAAACAUGUCAACAACUCUCAGGCUUGGAUUGGUCUCUCUGAUUUAAAACAAGAAGGAACGUUUCUUUGGGUAGAUGAAACAACUCCCACAAGGAGCUAUUGGACGGAAGGACAGCCUGAUGAUUGGAAAGUCAUUAAUCCAACUGGAGAGGACUGUGUUCAUUUAAGACCUUGGGUACACCCGCUCAACACCUGGCAUGAUAUACAUUGUGAUAUCAGCAUGCAAAGAAUUUGUGAGAAAAAUAUAAUUUUUUAAGUUGUGUUUAAGCAGAUGCUCACCAUCACAUUAACUUCUCAAUCUAUUUCUGUUUAGGUUUAAUCACAUGAUCUUGAUGGGCUAAGUGGUCUUCUCUGAUUUGGCAAUCUUCUUAUGCUGUUAUAUACUCUAGGUUUAUUGUUACCACUGCACCAUAACAAAGUCUGCAUGUGGAUUUUUAACUUCUUUGUUAUUGAAUUUUAAGACAUGAUAGAUCACUUUUUGCAGUGUUUCCAGCAGAAGAGUAAUAGAAUACCCUAAUGCAUUUUUAUCAACUUUGUUUAGGUGGUAUGGUGGAGCAACAGUGGUUAGCACCUCUCCUGUACAUCUCCAUAGACUUGGUUUGGAAUUCUGGCCCAGUCUGUGUCUGU